GACAAAGGAUGUGCACAUAUAUAUGUGACGUAGUAUGCACUUCCGGUUAAAGAAUACAGGAGUGGAACCGUUUAGCAGGAAACAUGGCUACCAAACCACUCCAGCUGCGCUGUACAUCUAAGUCUGGCCAGCAGGUUCUUACGGGUCUCACCCUCUCAUCCAGUGUGGGCGAAAUGAUGACCAAGAUAUCAGAACUGACCAAAGUAAAGAGGGACUGGAUAAAGAUUAGAACCGGUUAUCCUCCGAAAGUUGUUGAACUUUGUGAUGAAAACAAUUUAUUGACUUGUCUUCCAUUCAGGUCCGGAGACACCAUCAUCGUAGAAGAGGACCAAAGUCUUGAACGUGAAAAUAAACAGAAGCGAAUUGAUAAUGUCAUUCAGACUCAGAGCCUACAGAAUCAAGGCAUGUUGAUGAGGAAAGUCGUACCCGCAAACAACUCUUGUCUAUUUACCAGCAUUUACUCCCUGAUGAAUGACGGAGAACUCGACUUAUCCUGUUCUCCCAUGAUGAGAGAGUUAAUAGCAGGUGUUGUUCUUAGUGAUCCUCAAACAUUCAACCAAGCAUUUCUUGGCAGGUCCAAUUCGGAUUAUUGCAAAUGGAUCAUGGAUAAGGAGUCUUGGGGUGGAGGUAUAGAAAUUGCUAUCCUGUCAAAAUAUUACGGUGUAGAAAUAGACGUUGUGGAUACUAAGAGUGGUAGAAUUGAUCGGUUUGGAGAAGAUCAAAAUUACCCGGAAAGAAUUCUAGUUAUAUACGAUGGGAUUCAUUAUGAUCCACUUGUAUUAGAACCACUUAUCCCCGGCGAAACAGUUACGACCAUCUUCUCGACAAAAGAAGCAUCAAUCCUCGCUCAAGCAAUGGAAAUAGCAGACGAAGCUAAAGCGUCGCGUCAAUUUACAGAUGUGUCGUCGUUUACACUGAAGUGUCUGAUCUGUCAAAAACAACUUACCGGCCAAACUGAUGCACAGCAACAUGCCAAAACCACAGGUCAUAUAAACUUUGGGGAGGUUUAAUUUUCAAAUCCAGUUUAAUAUAUAUUUUAAUUCAUAGUCCAUGAUUAUAAUGAUAUUACUUAAGAAUCUCUA